UCUGAGCAAGAACUAGUUGAUUGUGAUACAAGUGGUGAAGAUCAAGGCUGUAAUGGUGGUCUUAUGGACCAGGCCUUCAAAUUCAUUAUUGAAAACAAGGGCCUAACCACUGAAUCUAAUUACCCGUAUGAAGCAACUGAUGGAACAUGUAGCACUUCAAAAGAAUCAUCCCAUGCUGCUAAGAUCACUGGAUACGAAGAUGUGCCUGCCAACAGCGAGUCAGCAUUGUUGAACGCUGUGGCCAUGCAACCGAUUUCUGUAGCGAUAGAUGCUAGUGGAUCAGAUUUCYAGUCUUACUCAAGYGGGGUUUUCACUGGAGAAUGUGGAACCCAACUAGACCAUGGUGUUACAGCAGUUGGAUAUGGAACGACCCCUGAAGGCACCAAGUAUUGGUUAGUGAAGAACUCGURGGGAACAAGUUGGGGAGAAGACGGUUAUAUCAGAAUGCAAAGAGAUGUGGAUGCUGAUGAAGGACUCUGCGGUAUUGCGAUGAUGGCCUCAUAUCCAACUUCUUAA